GAGCAAUACCUACUUUCGCCAGGUAGUUAUUCUUCAAAGCCUGAAUAUGAAAAAAUUAAACAUUAUUCUAUAGGUACAAAUACCAUCGAUGCAAGAAAACAAUUCGAAAAAAUAGUUUACGGAAAAGCAACUAGCUCAUUUAUAUCCGCAGUUAUCAAGACGAUAAGUGAUAGAUAUUUAAAUCAACAUUAUGUUUAUGAAAGAGUGUCCAAUGAAGUGAAGCCGGACUUGUUUCUUUGUGAUUUUGUGAAUAAUGAAGUGUGCUUCGAUAUGGCUUGGAAAUUGAAGAAGCCUAUGGUUUCUUUGGGAGUCGGAUUAACAAGUUAG